UUGUUUGAAGAAGAGAUGAAGAUAAAAUAAUCCACUUAAAUUUGAUGCCACUAUUCAAAAUACCCAAUUCUAAAUGAAAUUAAUUUUGGUUUCAUUUUGAUUUGACUAAGCUUUUAUAUUUUAUCUAUUCUAUGAAUAUUUUUCUUAAUUUUGUUGAGGGGUGACCGAGUGGUGGUAGCUGUCUUCUUGGUGAUGGAGCUUAUAAUUUGCAGAGAUGAAUAAUAAUGGGAGCAUUUGAGUAGUUCCUUCCUUCUACAUCUUCUAUCAAUGGCACACAACUUACGUCUCAGUUCUCCGUUCGUUGCCGUAACUUUCCCACCCAAACCCAAAUGCAAAACUCAUCUGUUGCCGCCGUCUCAGAUUCUUUGCUUUGUUAAACACUCUCACAAUUUGCUUCAUACUCAUUUUUCAAUUGCUGGAAAAUCCUACCGCUCCUCAGGUGCCAUUAGAGCCAUCCAUCGCUCCAAUCAGUUGGGUAGUGGUGGUGGUGGUGGUGAAGAACAGCCAGUCGGUGUGUCAGAUUCAUCAACAGUGUUCAAUUGGACAGCUUCAUUUCUUAACUUUGCAUCAAAUAAUUUUCUUCCUUUGGCUCUUAUUAGUGGAGUAACACUAGGCCUAGCAAAUCCUACACUUGGAUGUAUUGCUGAUAGUUAUGGAUUAUCAAAAUUUGGCCCUUUUGGUAUAUUCAUUAUCUCUGGUUUGACUUUGCGCAGUAAAGAAAUUGGAGAAGCCAUGGAGGCUUGGCCUGCUGCCAUAUUUGGGCUAGGUUCAAUCUUAAUUCUGACUCCAAUCUUUUCUAGGCUUGUCUUGAUGCUUCGUCUCCAACCUCAGGAAUUUGUCACAGGACUGGCCAUUUUCUGCUGCAUGCCCACAACAUUGUCAAGUGGAGUUGCAUUGACAAGGCUUGCUGGGGGAAAUUCUGCUCUUGCUCUUGCAAUGACAGUGAUCUCUAAUAUGCUAGGAAUUCUGAUUGUGCCCUUUUCUAUUUCAAAAUUCAUAGCCGAUGGAGUUGGUAUAUCCUUUCCAACGAAGCAGUUGUUUAAAAGUCUGGUCCUUACUCUCUUGGUGCCACUUAUUUUGGGGAAGGCGUGUCGUGAAUUAUUUAGAGGUGUAGCAGACACAGUUGAUAAAAAUAGGAAGUUUUUGUCAAUAAUGAAUGCCCUCCUGCUCAGUUUGGUACCAUGGAUACAAGUAAGCAGGUCAAGGCCCCUUCUCCUCGAGGUCAAGGCUGAAGUUUUUCUAAUAGCUAUUGGAAUGGGAGCGUUACUUCAUCUGAUCUUAUUAGCUUUUAAUGUGAUUGCCAUUAAGGGCCUUUCAGCAAUGACUGGUGGUGACAAGUCUCUCUUUGCUAAAAGAGAGAAUGCCAUUGCUCUCAUACUAGUAGCAAGCCAGAAAACUCUCCCAGUCAUGAUAGCAGUUGUAGAGCCGCUUAAGGGCGUAUUUGGGGAAUCUGGUUUGCUAAUUCUUCCUUGUGUUGCUGCACAUAUGAAUCAGAUCAUCUUCGACUCGUUUCUUAUAAACUACCUUCCCCGAAACAACUCACUUGAAGUCGCCAAGACAGCUUGAUUUGCCUGUAGUCACCGAUGUGUGGAAACAUGAAGGUGUCAUUGGCCCAUUAAAUUUGUGGAGGGGUUCGAGCAUCUUGUCCUUGACAUAUGCUUGUACACAUAUCAUUUUCAUCUUGGGCCUAUUGUUUUUAGUAUAAAUUGAAUAUUCUUAUCUAUUUGGGAAUUCUAAAUUGGAAUUCCUAUAACAAUUGUAUCACACAAGACAAUAAAAUACAUUCUGGUAUUGCAUUUGUUGCACUAAUGGGAAUCAAAACUGAGGCUUCAUGGUAAUAUGAUAUUUGUUUUUAACUCA